AUGGGCAAGCCGCGCUUCGUGUGCGCGUACUGCAACAAGUCGUUCGAGGACUCGCAGGAGGCCCGGCAGCGACACAACCGCGGCCGCAACCACAAGGCCAACGUCAAGCUCUGGUACGACAGCUUCGCAGAUCAAGAGCGUCAUGCGGCUGCAUCAGCUUCACGCCACGCAGCAACAGGUCAUGAGGACGUUCCUUCGUGGACGCCAGUAAAUCCAUCCCCCACCAUAGCUCCUGCCAACCGUCAAGAACCUCCUCUCGCCUUGCAAAACUUGCCCCCAUCGAUGCAUCCUGCUCCGCCUGAUGCGUUCUACUACUGCCGCUCAGAUUGGGGCUAA